AUUUUACAGGUUAUAGAAACGUCACACAGAAUUAAUUUUGUGGUCGUACUUUUGUAUUGUUUUCGCCAUCAAGUAGAACACACAAUAUAUUUUUUAUAAUUGAUCAUUACAGACCAUAGAAUAGCCAACGUUGAUGAUCACCACCGCAACGAUAAACACACCACGAGAAAUAAAACAAGGUUAUGUUAUGUUGACAUCUCAUCAGUAAACAAACUUUUACACAUUUCGUGGUAAAAUCUUAACCGAAUCAUUAUGGAUCCAGUAAUAGAUGAGUCUGAAGAAACCAAUGGUAGUAAUUCCGAUAGUCAAUCAGAUGAAGAAACACUUGAAUCUGAUCGGCAAAAAGUCAAGGAGCAGUUGAGUGAAAUGAGUUUUGAAGAGCUGCAAAAACUGAAGGAAGAAAUGGGGACGAAACUGUACAGUCAAACCAUGUUUGGUAAAACAAAAACGAAAGUUAAAACGUUUAAAAGAGUAAAUAAAAACAGACCGAGAGAAAUGAGUUCAAAAAGGAUUGCACAUGUAAAGACUAGCGUUAAAGUUUCUAGUAAACCAACCACAAGGGAUCCAAGGUUUGAGUCUUUUUGUGGGACAUUCGACAAGAAAACUUUCCAAGAUAAUUACAAGUUUGUGAAUGAUCUUAGAAAAAAAGAGCGAGACCAACUUAAGGACGAAUUAAAAAAUACAACUAAUGAGGAAGAAAAAAAGAGGAUAAAGUUUGCUGUUCAACGCCUAGAAAAUCAAAUUCGUAAUGAAGAAAUGAAGACAUCUCAGGAAGAACAAACAUACAGUAAGAAUGAAGUUACUACAGAGAAAAAAGCACCAUAUAAGAAAAAAUCGGUGGUGAAACUUGAGAAUUUGGUAAAUAAAUAUGAACAACUCAAACAAACCAAUAAGAUCCAAAAGCACAUUGAAAGAAAAGCGAAGAAGGUAUCUUUGAAAGAACGCAAAAAUCUCGCCAGACAAAACUUGGUCUGAUUAAAAUUUUGUGUCUGAAAUAUAAAUCUGUCAGUUUUUUGGA